AUGUUCAGAAGAGUCGCAGCAGCCGUGCCCGCCCAGGCCGGACGAGUACUCGCAACCGCUGCGAGACCUAGCAUCGCAUCGCCCAUCCGCGCCGCAGUACCUGCUGUAUCAGCGGCCGGACGGCGGCAAUACCACGAGAAAGAUAGGUUGCCCAUUGCCCCUCUAAUGCGAAACGCCGGCCUAACAUGCGCAGCACUGCUAGACCACUACAACAGGCCGCGAAAUGUCGGUUCCAUGGCAAAGACGGACAGCGACGUCGGCACUGGUCUAGUCGGCGCACCAGCAUGUGGCGAUGUCAUGAAGCUCCAAAUCCGAGUUGACCCCAACAACAACACCAUCAGCGAUGUCAAGUUCAAGACAUUCGGUUGCGGCAGUGCGAUUGCCAGUUCGAGUUAUUUGACCGAGUUGGUCCGUGGUAUGACAUUGGAGGAUGCUGCGCGAAUCAAGAACACAGAGAUUGCAAAGGAGCUCUGCCUACCACCUGUCAAACUGCACUGCUCUAUGCUUGCCGAGGAUGCCAUCAAAUCCGCCAUCUCCAACUACUACACAAAGAACCCCAACGCACGACAAACAGAUCUUGGCGGCAAGUCGGCGCCAAUGCCCAAGGUGGAGGUCGAGACUGUAUCAUCUGCGGCGGCUUAA